AAAUAUCCCUUAAGCAUACAUUAUUAUUAUCAUCAUUGCCAUCUUAAUUUUUUCUUCUUAUAUCGUCGAAUCUAUUAUUAUUAGUAUACUAUGGAUAGUUCGUCGAAAGAUACUUUUAAGCAUAUCCUACACAGCAGGAGACCCUUAUGUCCACCAAGCAUUCCAACUGGAGCCCUCGGAAAUAGCAUCAACACCAACCUCUACGUUUACCACCCUGCCUAUCCAGAAUAUGGCCCAAUGCUGCAAUUCAAUGCCUCGGACCUUGGGGGUGUUAGUUAUAAUGUCGUUUAUAACUCAUGUACUGCCAUCGCCGGGAACUGUUGGGAUGAUAACGGUUUUUGUGAUGUCGAGAUGCUGCCGGAAGAUGGUAUCGAAGAUCCAUCGUCAGCUAGUCCAUCGUCAACAGAUUCGUCAUCUGGUAUCAAGUCGACCCUAACGAACAUUUUGCCAAGUAAAACAAAUAAGGCGGAGAAGGAGGCGAAGAAGGAAGCGAAGAAGAAGGUCAAAGUGAUAACGUCGACUCAAUCACCAAAGUUUCCAUUCCUGAGCUUAGUAAGCGACGAGGAAAAGAAGCCUAUUCAAAUCCCAACGAACGGAAUUCUAAAGGCCGUAGCUUAUUACUUCUUCGUGCCUGGUAAAGAGGAGUACGCCAUUUACCCCAACAUGUACCAUUAUCAUUUCCCUAAGCAGUUACCACGCCCGUGGGCAGGCCUCGAAGACCAUAGGUAUUCGGAAUAUCCUCCGGGUGGCAGGAACAACUCAACCCGCCACCUCGAACCGUGUCGCCUUACCGGGGAGAUUCAUUCGUUGGAAAUGGCGCAUAUAAUCCCCAAAAAUCAUAUAGAAUGGGCAACGCAAGAGAAGAUGAUCCAAUAUGCUACCAACGUCAACCACUGCGGACUUGACUCGGGCCACUACAAUAACACCUCCCCUAUAGCAGCGCAAAUCCAUGGUCUGUUUGAUGACGGCGUGCUGGUUCCGUUCCCUAAGAAGGUAAAAGGUCGGGAGCAUUAUGUACCGCACUGUCAUGUGCUCAAAUCUCAUGGGAAGGGAUUCGAAUCCAAUCUGGCUGUGGUAGCACAAUACCAUAAUCGACCGUAUGAUCGUUUUUAUGGCAUUUCUCCUCAUUUUCUCUACGCUCGCUUCAUGUCGUCCCUCUUCCAAUCACAAGUGUUCCCGAUUUUACACGCGAACACUUACAGUUCCAUCAACUUGCUCGUUCGUAAGAAAAUACCGGAUCCGAAGAACCAUUACCGUUUUGACCCGGACGAAUAUGAAGAGAAAAGAAUGAGGCCAGGACCUCACGAAUGCGUUAUGCCGCGAACGGGCGAUAGUAAACUAGAAAACACUCCCAGGCAGAUGAUGAGGAGAUCUAGGGACGAGGAUGAGAAGGGCGAGAAAGGCAAGAAGAGACCAUGGACCGACGAGGACCAAUCCUCAGAGUGGGAAGACAGUUCCCUUGUCGAUCCAUGUGAUGCGUUUGAGUACCAGGGUCGGAGUGAAGAGUUCGAUCGUUUAACCGGGGAUGAAUUUUUCCUGGGCAGUGAUAGAUUUUAGAAUAUGGCCAACUUAAAUACGCGUGACUUAUCUCAGCUAGCUCAGACUAGGUUUCCUUUGUACCUUUGGUACCCUUUUAUCCACAGCAGUUUUUAGCCAAUCAAAUCUCUCAGCGCGUAAACAGGAAAUUUUUAUUCGACACUGCGCCCAGCCCCACAAGUACAUUCGCACGAAUCUUUUUUCCUGUGGCGCUGUGGCGUUGAAUAAAGUCGUAGUCUGAGCUCGCUGAGAUAACGUUUCGUUGCGAC